AUGAAAGCGUCGCCGGUAGCAAUAGUCUGCACUCUCCUCGGGCUCUCGACCGCAACACCAACACCAUGCCCAGAUGAUGGCGUACAAGAAGCGCUUUCCUUCGCCUACAUGUAUGGCUUCCCUCUGUACGCUUUCGGCGAUAUUGCCAGGCCUUUGCUCGCUGCAGGUGUCCCGAUAAGGCCUAACAUCAACAUACCCUCUUCCGAGCCAAACGAGCCAGGCGCUGUUGGUGUCGUCCGACCCAACGCGGAUACCAUGUACUCAAUCCUGUUCAUGGAUUUGUCGUCGAAUGAUCUCAAGGUGACCGUACCAGAGGUGCCGGAGGGUCGAUACUGGGUCUUUCCCUUUUGCACACCUUAUGGCGACAAUCUGAUCAACCUUGGUAACCUCGACGCGAGCAAGCCUGGAGACUACCUAGUCCGGUAUAACUCCAAGGCCUAUGGUCUUCAAACCGAUGAUGUACCAGAAGGCUACGUUGGAGUCAUCAAUUUCCCCAUGGCAUACGGGCUUGUAAACGCGAGAAUCGUCACCGACCGCACAGAAGAAGAUGUCGCUAUUGUCGCAGAGCUCCAAAAGGGCUUCCGCGUACGCCCUGUUCGACGAUCCGGAAAGCCUGUCGCCCCAGCUCUCAAUCUCACCAUGUUCACCGACCCUGAUUAUACCGACGAAAACCAGUCGCAGUAUCAGGCCGUCAUGAACACCGCCGCAGCUCUUACACCAUACCUGCCGCCCUAUAUCGUCUCCGAUCGCAAGACCGUUGCCAAAGACCUCAAGAAGGCAGGCUUCAAUAACGGAAAGUUCCAACAACCGGCAGGUACAGACUUGACAAAGGCCGUCGGAAUGGCGAACAAGACAGCCUUGGCUUUUUCAGAAAGACCAGAGGUUAGCAAAGAUGUCGGCAAUGGCUGGACUCUCAUUUCUGAAGAAUACAUCGGUAGCUUCGAUUCCAACUAUGAGAUGCGAUACCAGAUUGGCCUGACGGCCUAUCUCGCAUUAAAGCCAUCUGAGUGUGCAUACCCGGCAUUUGGAUAUUUCGACGCCAACAUUGCUGUCGAAGAGGGUCAAUCUGUUCUCUGGACUUUUACCGCACCACCUAAGAUUAAAGAGGGAGGUUUCUGGAGUCUUACCGCCUACGGACCCGAUCAAGACUUGAUCCCGAAUGACCUGGACAAGUACAUGGUUGGCGAUAGGAGUAACUUGACGUUCCCUGACGGAAGCCCAGUAGAAACUGGCGGGGAGGGAGUCUUCCAGGUCUUGCUUCAGGAUCAGAACAUCAAGCCGCCUUCCAACUGGACCAACAACUGGUUGCCGCUCAACUCCGGCGGUGGAAACAUCUCAGUUACUAUGCGAUGGUAUGGUGCGGAGGAGGAAAUGGUUGAUGGUACAUAUGUUCAUCCCAAGAUGACUCUCAUUGAUGCCAUCGAGGGCUAA